AUGUCGAUCAACUACCAAGAUGCCCUGGCUAUGGCCGAGGAGUGGAUCUCGGCCUUCAACGACCGCCAACUGGACGUCCUGAUGGACCACUACGCCGCAACCAUCGAGUUCAGCUCGCCGCGGGUCGCCCAGGUCCACCAGGCCACCCAGGGCGAAUACGGCGAUGCCUCCGGAACCCUCAUCGGCGUCGAUGCGCUGCGACGAUACUUUGGCCUGGCCCUCAAAAAUGUCUCGAAUCUGCGCCUGGAGCUGAUCCAGGUGCUGCUGAGCGGAACGGCCCCGGACGGAUGCAGCCAGAUCGCCGUUGUCUACAAGCGCGAGACCGGUGCCGUCGCUGCCGAGGUUAUGGCCCUGCGUCCCGACCGCCGAGUCCAACGAGCGGUCGUCUUCUACGGCCCCGGAGGCAUGUAG